CUGUCACUGCCGAGUCCUUGCUCUUCACCCUCUCCUUGCAAAGUGGCAUUCAUCACUGGCUUCUUGCAGCUGAAGGAGAAAGGACGGUUGGACUGGACAGAGGUGGACUGUUCUCCUACAGAGCCAUGUUGCUGUGGUCAGUAUGGAGUGUAAUGUUGCUGCUGAUCCGGCUGGAGGCUGCAGAGGAGGAUGAUGUCCGAGCAGGCUGCAGCACAGCCGUAAAUGACCUGGUGUAUAUUGUUGACGGCUCAUGGAGUGUUGGCUUCUCAGACUUUGACACGGCCAAGCAGUGGCUGAUCAACAUCACCAGCCAGUUUGACAUCAGCUCCCACUACACACAGGUGGCUGUGAUCCAGUACAGUGACACACCUCGACUGGAGAUUCCUCUGGGGAAACAUCUGGGUGGAGCAGAUCUCCUCCAGGCCAUACAGAGCAUCACCUACCUGGGAGGAAACACACAGACGGGCAGGGCCAUCAAGUUUGCUGUGGACCAUGUGUUCUCCUCCUCCCAGCGGGCCAGCCUGGUCAAGAACCGCAUCGCUGUGGUGGUCACUGAUGGCAAAUCUCAGGAUGAUGUGGUGGAUGCCAGCGUGGAGGCUCGAUCUCAGGGGAUUACAGUGUUUGCUGUGGGAGUGGGCAGUGAGAUCACCACCUCUGAGCUGGUAUCUAUCGCCAAUAAGCCGUCUUCCACCUACGUCCUGUACGCUGAAGAUUACACCACCAUCGACCGCAUCAGAGACUCCAUGGAACAGAAGCUAUGUGAAGAGUCUGUAUGUCCCACACGAAUCCCAGUGGCAUCUCGUGAUGAGAAAGGCUUUGAGCUGAUGGUGGGCAUGAACAUUCAGAAAAAGGCCAAGAAGAUCCCUGGAUCUCUGGUUUCAGAGACAGCCUACACCCUCGCUGCCUCUACUGACGUAACUGAGAGUACCAGAGAGAUCUUCCCAGAAGGCCUCCCUCCAUCGUAUGUGUUUGUUGCCACUGUGCGUCUAAAAGGGACGUCUAGCAAGCUGCCGUUUGACCUGUGGAGGGUGCUGUCGAAGGAUAAGGAGGUCCAGGCUGCAGUGACACUGAGUGGAAAAGACAAAGCUGUCACCUUCACCACCACCAGUCUGACAGAAAAGGAGCAGAGGGUCGUCUUUAAAGCAGGCUUUCAGGCUCUGUACGAUGGAAAAUGGCAUCAGCUGAAACUCCUGGUGAGGCCACGCCAGGUCACCAGUUUCCUUGACGACCAGCAGAUCCAAGAAGUUGUGUUGGACCUGGUGGAGCCCAUUUACAUCAAUGGGGAGACACAGGUGUCUAAGAGGCGGGGAACAGACGUCACUGUACCUGUGGAGAUCCAGAAGCUGCGUCUGUACUGUGAUCCUCAUCAGAGUGAGAGAGAAACAGCUUGUGAAAUCUACUCUGUGGAUGAUGAAAGGUGUCCCCUGAAUCGAACAGCCACAAUAGAAGAAGAAGACUGCAACUGUGUAGUCGGCCCACCGGGGCAGCGUGGCCCACCAGGACGCAUGGGUUUCCGAGGAGAGAAAGGGAGAGAGGGACCACCAGGACCUGAUGGUAAGCCUGGUAAAGAAGGCAAACCUGGUGAUCCGGGCCCUCCUGGAUUACCAGGGAUAAAGGGUGAAGAUGGGCCAGCAGGAUUAAGAGGAGAGCCUGGUCUGAAAGGUAGCAAGGGAGAUAGAGGAGAGCCAGGCUUACCGGGAGAACAAGGGCCCUCAGGACCUAAGGGUCUUCCUGGUGAGAGAGGGGAGGCAGGACCUCCAGGAGAAGCUGGGCUAAUGGGGGAACCAGGACCACCAGGCACUGCUGGAGAGAUCGGGCCACCAGGACUAAGGGGGAGAAAAGGCAAUCCUGGACCUGCUGGUGCUGCUGGAGCUCAAGGUGCCUCGGGAGCCCAGGGACCUCCUGGAGAAGCAGGUCCACAGGGAGCUCUGGGUGAGAAAGGUUUACCUGGGCCUCCAGGUCCACCUGGAAUAAAGGGAACACUGGGAGUCCAGGGACCCCAGGGGCCGCCUGGAGAGAUCGGCCGAGAUGGUCCCAAGGGGAAGUGUGGAGAGCCGGGGACUGCUGGUCCUCUUGGUCCACCAGGCCAGAAGGGCUCAGCGGGUGAGCCGGGCUUUCCAGGCCAGCCGGGUGCCAUGGGCCUGCCGGGGUUUAAAGGCCAUAAGGGGGAGAGAGGAGAGGCUGGCCCUAAAGGAAACCAGGGGGAACGAGGCGCCGAUGGAGAUCCGGGGACUCCUGGUCUACCUGGCGACGUGGGACCCAGGGGAUGGAAAGGAGAGAAAGGAGUGACAGGCGAUGAGGGCCACAGGGGGCCUGAAGGGAAGAAGGGGGACAUGGGUCACAUGGGUGCUGUUGGUCCCAGGGGCUUUCCCGGCCAGGACGGGCUGCCAGGACAACCGGGACAACCAGGAUAUCCUGGAAAACCUGGCAAGCCUCCCUCAGAUGACCAUCUUCUGAAGCUCUGCUCUGAUGUUCUACGUAACCAACUCCCAGCUCUCCUCCAGACCCUGGCUCCCCCAUCCAGAUGUGAACCCUGCCAGAGUGUGAAGGGACCCCCAGGUGAGCCAGGAGCACCAGGACCCAAAGGCUCCAUGGGAACCCCAGGCUACCCUGGUAGAAGUGGUGCUCCCGGUUACCCAGGACCUCCUGGAAUGCAGGGUCCUGCAGGCCUUAAAGGUGAUGUGGGACCAAGAGGAUUCAAAGGCAGCAAAGGGGAGGGCUUCCAUGGACCUCCUGGACCACCUGGACAGCCAGGGAUUCAAGGGCCCCGCGGCUUCGAUGGAAUCGGCCAUCCAGGCAACCAGGGGAUUCCAGGGAAACCAGGACCACCGGGAGAUCCCGGUAAACGUGGCAACCCAGGGCUUCCGGGGGUGUGUGAUGUCUCCAUGUGUUAUCAGACCUACAACCUCAGGGAACAUUACAGCAAAGGACCCAACGUGUGAGGACAGGGGAGCAUGGCAGAGGCUGCUUUUGACGUGGAGGAGGCGAUUUACUGAAUCACUGUUGACUCUUUUAAGACAGAGUGUGUGAAGAUAUCUGCAUUGGAGGCAGAUGUAACCUCAUUAGUUGAGUUUAACUGAAACCAGCAGGGCAUUGAUUCUUGAUCGUGGAAUUUCAUGACCAAAGACGUUCAGCAGACUAACAGUUUAACUCACUGACAUCCCAGAUAGCUUAAAGAUCUAAAGUUUAAACAGAUGGUUUUAAUAGUGACUUCUAAUCAAUAAUCAGUCAGAGGUUUAACUGAGUUGUGUUGUUUUUUAUGUGACUAGCAAGAGAAUAACAUUUAAUAACAUUUAAAAAGCUACCUCCUCUUUUAUCUGAGUUAUUAUGUGCUUAACUUAAUGAUGCUCAAGUCUGUGCUAGCAGAACUUAAACCAAUGAAAAAAUGCUUAAAAUAUAGAUGCAUUAUAACAGGAGUGUCACAAAUGUUCACAUUUAAGGAAUCAUCUUUUUACAAAACAGUAUGAACAACCUGAAAUUUGUUAAGAAAAAUAAGUUCACUUUCAUCCACAUUCAUCCUCAGUUCAUCAUUUCCUCAUUACAACUUCCAGAUCACAGAGUGUCUACAAAGGAACACAACAUUUAGACACCUGGAGCUGAACCAUGGAGGAUUUUAAGAUACACGUAGACAAAAUAUUGCAAAAAUGAGACACAUAAUGAUAAAAACGAGACAUAAAACAACAAAAAAGAGACAAACGACAUGAAGCAAAACAAAAACAUUACACAAAUGACAAAAGCGAGAAACAAAACAAGAAAGUAGACAACACAAAUUUGACAGAAUAACACAAAAAGACACAAUAAACACACAAAACAAUGAAUAAAACAAAACACAAAAAGACAAAAAUAAGACAAUAAACACCAGGAAGACAAAAAGGAAACACAAAACGACAAAAACGAGACACAAAACAACAAAACACGAGACAAAUUCAGAAAAAAAGUCACAGAAACAAGACAAAAAUAUUACAAAAAUGAGACACAAAAUGACAAAAGAACAAUCUAGUAUUUUACUUUCUGAUCCAAACAACUUGUCAUGGUCUAGAAAUGAUUUUAAAUUUAUAGUUUUACUAAUUUACAAUCUGCAGUUAAAGUCUUCUAUGUAAUUUUUACACUCUGAGGACCGGAUUGGACCCUCUGGAGGACCACUUUUGGACCACGGGCCUCAUGUUGGACACCCCUGCCUUAUAAUGAAGUCAAAUAAAAGUCAAAUGUGGAUUAAUGUGGGAAAAACAAUACCAGCUUGAAUCUGAGAUCACCGACCGAGAAACAGCAAAACCCAAGCAAACGCAAACCGUACAUGUGGAAUGGAAACUGUGCUUGAUCGCUGUGCUUUCUGAACUGAGGUGUAUACCAACCAGUGAGGUUAUUUCUGCCUUCAGUGCAGCUCUGCCUCAGAGAAAUGAUUGUAUCUGCAAAUUAUGUGAAAAGUGCUGCACAUGCCUUGAAGAUGAACUGGGAUACGCUGCGGCGAAGCAACGGGACGUCGCAUGUUUACGUGAAAAGUCAGCUAACGGUUAGCUUAGUCCAAGAUGGGAGCCUAGAAAAAGUUUAAAACUUCACAUGAAAAUGAGCAGAAGGAAAGGUGAAUUCAUAGCUCCAUCCACAGCCGUGCACCCGUUCACUGUCAGCCUGCUUCUCGUGCACACUACAUGUAAUCCUCUGUGGUGGAAAAACAUAUUUAGAUCACCUAUUGUGUGCAGAACAGCAGAGGUUGUGCUAAUCCAUAACUGUGACGGGCCGGGUGUGUGAAUCCCGUCACUGUCAGAUUUGUUUUCUUGUUUACCAGUAUUGUAUAGAUGUGUUUUGCUUUGCCUUUCCAUGAGUGUGGAUUAUUUUCAAACAGUGGCCUUAAUUCACCUCAGCUGCAUUUCUAGUGGAGGCAGGCUUAGAUUAUUGACUUAUUUCCACUGUUUUGUAAGUGUAUCCUGUCAUACUUUAGAGACAAGCUCACAUUUUAAUCUGCUGCUUUUGCCAUUUGCUGCCAAAGCUCAGUCAGAAGUUUCCUAAUGUUUCCCUGCUGUCUUUAUAAAUCUUGCAUAUUGCUCAUAUCA